GGCGGCGGGCGCGGGGCCAUGCGGAGCCCAGGCUGAGGCGCCGGCGGCCGCCCCUCGCCAUGAAGCGGCAGAACCUGCGCACGGCCGCGCUCAUCCUCUGCAUCUUCUCCUACCUGCUGGUGGGAGCCGCCGUCUUCGAUGCGCUGGAGUCGGAGGCGGAGAGCGGCCGCAAGCGGCUGCUGGAGCAGAAGCGCGGGGAGCUGCGCAGGAAGUAUCGCUUCUCCGCCGACGACUACCGGGAGCUGGAGCGGCUGGUGCUGCAGGCCGAACCGCACCGCGCCGGGCGCCAGUGGAAGUUCGCCGGCUCCUUCUACUUCGCCAUCACGGUCAUCACCACCAUCGGCUAUGGGCAUGCUGCCCCAGGCACAGACGCAGGCAAAGUUUUCUGCAUGUUCUAUGCCAUCCUGGGCAUCCCCCUGACGCUGGUCAUGUUCCAGAGCCUGGGGGAGCGCAUGAAUACCGUCGUGCGGCUGCUGCUCAAGAAGAUCAAGAAGUGUCUGGGCAUGAGGACAACCAAUGUCUCCAUGGAGAACAUGGUCCUGGUUGGCUUCCUGUCCUGCAUGGGGACCUUGUGCAUCGGAGCAGCAGCCUUCUCUUAUUUUGAGGGCUGGACUUUCUUUCAUGCCUAUUACUACUGCUUCAUAACCCUGACCACCAUUGGCUUUGGAGACUUCGUGGCUCUGCAGAAGAACGAGGCGCUGCAGAAGAAGCCCCCAUACGUGGCUUUCAGCUUCAUGUACAUUCUGGUGGGCCUGACGGUCAUCGGUGCCUUCCUCAACCUGGUGGUGCUGCGGUUCCUGACGAUGAACUCGGAGGACGAGCGGCGGGACGCCGAGGAGCGAGAAUCGCUGAGGAGAGCCCACAACAACAUCCACCUCAGGCCCGCGGGGGACAGCCGGAGCGGCAAUGCCAUUUUCCUGCCCACGGAGGACAGGACGAGCCAGGUGAACCUCAUCCCUCUGGUCCUGGAGGACGCGGAGCGGCAGCGGCGCCGGUCAGCCCACUCGGCGGCCGCCGUCCCCUCCUUCUGCACAUGCCUGUGCUACAGACCUCAGCUCUGCGGCAGCCCGGUGCCCUCCCACCCCGAGACGCUGAGCUGCCACACCAACCCCGUGUACUACAACUCCAUUUCCUACAAAAUCGACGAGGUGUCCCUGAGCACGCGGGCUCCGACCGGCUCCUCCCCGGGGAGCACUCUGUCCUCCAGCAGCCCCCGCUGCCGGCACCGCGCCCGGCUGCGCAGGAAGUCCAUCUAGGAGCACAUGUGGAGCCCUGCUCAAAUCCUACCAAGGUGACAAAUGAGGAACAGAAUGUCAGCUCCUUCUUAAUGCUCCCAUUUCCCCCAUCCUUCUCCCCUUCCAGCUGGCAGCUGGUCCCACACAGGGUCCAGCAGGAGCGUUUAAACCCUGCUAAGAAACCCUCACUCCUUUCUGUUGCACUGAAUGGCAUCCUUAGGUUUUGUUCGCUUUUCGCUCCCAUGCAGGUCCCAGCCUUUGGGUCUGGCAAGAGAUUCCCCAGUGUGAAGUCCAGCAGCCUCUAGGUUUGCUUUCCCACCUCUCUGCUCCCCAAAUGGAGACACUGCUGCCCUCCCACUCUGCCCAGGCCCAGCCGUGUGCCCCUUGAAGCAUGGGCUGGACUGCACUUGCUGAGAGGGCAUCAAAAGCAAAGCCCAUGUUAGUGAGCCUGGCAGGGUUGGGGAUCUUUAAGUUGUCUGCUGACGCUGGGUGCAGGUAAGUUGGUGCCAGACAGCAGGUUUGCAGUUAGAGGGUGGGCAGGAGGGGACAGGCUGAGGUCCUGCUGCUCAGGAUAAGGGAACAGCUCCAUGAUUCACAUGCCAGCCCUCCAGGUCUCAGCUCAGCUUGGUGGCCAGUGCAGUACUUCUGGAAGCUGGAGGUGCUCACCCCCAUAAGGCACACCUUACCUGCACACAUUACCUCACUACUGGUAGCUUCUCCAGGCUGAGCUGGCUGAUGGGAUGCCAUGUCCCAUUUGCAGGGGAAGCUGAACUCUUCCACCCCCACCAUAAGCCUGAUUUUUGCUGAGCCUAGACUGCGCCGAGGGCACAGCCCCAGGGAGAGCCACCUAAAGUGUGGCCCCGAAGAUCAUUACCUAAAAAUCACCCUUCACCUCCUGCUGGCCACCCAGCAGCAUACCUGCCCUUCACCUCUUUACAGUCCCCAGGAGUUCAUGGGCUCAUGGCUGCUGGGGUGAUCAGAGGCAGGUGAUCCCAUCUUGGUGUGCGUUCCCGGCUGGGAUGUGGGAGCCACACAGCCCCACCUGGGAGACUCUUUCACCUGUGCUCCCCAUCGUGGCCCAUGUUCAUCCUGUGUUGUCUCCAAGAAAACAGAAAUGGGCUCUGACAUCAGUAGGAAUGAGCCCCCACCCCCCAAUAACAGACAUUUUCACUCUUAGUUCUAUCCAAAACACCCUCUGAGCAGGGUUUCCCAGAGGAUAAUCCCAAUUUCCGGGUGGGGAAGGCAUGCGGAGUGCCAGCAUUGGGAAGGGCCCAGGGCAGGCUUUGCUCUCUCCUCUCUUUGUUCUUUGGCAGUUUAAUAAAAGGUGAAUCCAG